UUAAAUAGCAAGGUCUUUAAAAUUUUCUCCUCGCUGACGAAGGUGAAAGACGUUGGCGUCGAGAUUCCCCAAACUUAUUUUUAGGGUUCACUAUUUUGAAUCGUCACCUUGAAACCAGAUCCAAGGUAUCAAGUAUCGAUCAUAUCGCGAUUUUGUGGAAUCUGAUGUAUCUUGUGUUGUUUGGGGUUCUGAAUUUGUAUGCGUUAAUCAUUGUUUACUUAGCGAAAAUAUUACUUCUUCAGCAGAACCACUGAUACUAGUGUGGGAAGGACUGCCAAUUUUCAAGGAUAUGGAUUCAGAAAGAUCUGUGGGUCGCAAAAGAAAGAGGGAGGAAGGCUCAUGUUAUGGAGGGACACCUGAAUUCACUGAUGCUGAAGGGGGUGCAAAUUUCAUCUGUAAGCCUAUAAAUUUGGAUUUUCCAUGCUUUGAGAACUUGGAGGUAUCAGAGGAUCUACGUCCAUCACUUGAGAAGAUUAGCAAAACUGCAAUAGAAUGUAGAAAUCUCUGGAACAAUAAAAUCACAAGUUCUGGAAAUUUGGUGCCACUGUCUGAGUUUCAAAAGCUGUUAGAAAGUCAUGGGCUGUUAUGGCACAAGAAUAUUGUGUCUGAGAACGGUGUGGAGGUCACUGCUAACCAAUUAUGAAGCCGGAUCAAUCGGAGGCCAUAUGAUCUGUCGGGCUUGCUUCCAGAUUUAACUUCAGAGUCACUCUGGGAAAAAGCAACUGAAGACUUCUUCAAGGUGUGUCGUAUAUGUCAUGAGCUUGAAAGAAAUUUCAACGGAGAGCAGGUUGGACAGUUAGCCUCUUUCCUUGAGUACCUCAUCAUGAUACAAGGAGAGCAGCGGCUUGUUGCAUAUUGUUUUAUUGAGCAUCUGGUCAAUUGAAAAAGUCUAUUGUUCGCUUAAAUGAUUUAUUCGCAUCCAAAGUUGCUUGUCAUGGAGCUGAAGACAAGUAUCCUUUUGGGAGGAGCAAGAAUCUCACUGUUAAGUGCAUGUGGAAACAAAUGCACCUGUUUGAUGGUCUGGAUAUUAUGUCGCGGGAGUCAUCUUCAUUGCUGAAAGAAGCUGAGGACAAAUCAUAUAGCUGCUCAACUGUCAACGAUGAACUCCACAAGACUCUAGGACUCGUUAAGGGCAAGGAAUUUAUGAAUGCAAGGCAAUUGUUAGGUAGGUCUUGUGGUCGCAAUAGUGACUUGGGAGAAUUUCCACCAGCUGAAUGUUCCCAUGUUUUUCUUCCCUCGAAAUCAAUGAAGCAGUUGGUUCUUUCGAACUUUAAAAGAUUAGAUCAGUUGCAUUGUGUUCUCCAGGGGAAAAUUGUUGGUAAAAGUUCGGUUACAGAAAAGCUGAUUGGUUGUUUUUACAAUGUACUCAGUAAGGGAAAAAUGAUCGAGAAGGAACAUUUUGAUGGUUUAGAGCAUAAGAACAAGUUGCUGCAAGAAACUGGCGGUCUUGUUGAUAAUGAGGUCAUAUCUGAAACUGAAUUUGCCAAGUCUGUCAAGAAAACGGUAAAGCAGAUUGAUGAAGCAGUUCAGAAACUAGUUUCAUUAAGGGGUUCUAUUCUUUCUGAAGACUCGCCUCACCGAAAUAUCGCUUUAUGGAGAGUUCUAUAUGAAUCAUCCUUACUGAAUCUUCAAUUGGAUCUCAUAUGUGAAACCCUUGGCGGAACAAUCAAAUUCGGGGUCAAACUAUUAGAUAAUGCUCAGCCCAGUGACUCGGCAGAUUUGGAUCAGCUUCAUGCGUCAAUUAUUAAACUAAUUGGAUCUUGUAAUGGAGUCUUACUUGACUUUUUAGCCAUGCACAAAACUGGAAGUACUAUCUUAAUCUUGUUGAUUAGCAUCCAACUUUUUGCUCGACCUACUUAAAAACAUAUGUUAGUUGUGGUAGGUGGCAGAAGUGACUUGCAUGAUAGCAGAAGUUUUGGUUACGCGAUGUAGUUUUACAACUUUUACUGGUAGUUUUAUAGGCACUUUAGAAGAGGAAGACCUUGAUUUCUCGUUUAAGGACGACGCCGCUAUUUGUGAUGAUGUUAAGGAUGACGAUUAUGACUGGGAAGAUCCUGUUGUCAUGUAUAUCAUGUCAGCAGAGCAACAAUCAAAUUCAUGGCAAUACACUGAUGAACCUAGAUUUUGCUCAAUGUAAAGCUUCUAAUAGAAGAGCCCGUUUUGUGGUGUAAAGAAAACUGUUUAUACUUGCAUACAAAUACUGACUUUUUUUUCCUCUUUCUUUUCUUUUUAUAGAUUAAAUAAUUAAACAUCCAAAUUGUAAAAGGCUUUUCAGGUGUAAUGUUUGUGUGGCUGGUUAUUUUUGUUUUUUGUUUUAA